AAUAAAGAUUGAAAACAAGAAAUUGUAUAAAACAUGAAAUAGUGCAUUUAAUUAAUUAACCAGCCACAAAUAAGCAUAAAAAUGUCAUUAUUAGGACUGCUACUUACAUUAAUUUACUAUGGAUUAGUGUGUUUUGUGUUAGUUUUAACUAUACUGUGUAUAGUACUGAAAAUCUCAUCAACGCCAUUCCCAAUCAUUCACCGGCAUAAAGAAGAAGAGUAUUUCAUAGAUCCAAAUGAUUCAGAUAAAAAGUGUCAAUUUCCAUCAAUUAAUGAUGAUCCAACAGUCGAUCUUAGUGUGAUAAUUCCUGCAUAUGAUGAGGAAAAACGAUUACCAGUGAUGUUAGAAGAAUGUAUGGAGUUCCUUGAAGAGAAACUUAAACAAGAGCCAAAUUUCAAGUAUGAAGUCAUCGUUGUAUCGGAUGGCAGUAAAGAUAAGACUGUUGCGUGUGCAUUGAAGUAUAGCAAAAAGUAUACGUGUGAGAAAUUUCGAGUAUUGGAACUAGUUCAGAAUCGUGGCAAAGGAGGAGCUGUAAGGUACGGAAUGAUGAGCAGUAGAGGCAAAUAUUUGCUCUUUGCUGAUGCUGACGGUGCCACAAAGUUCCCAGACUAUAAUUUACUUGAAAAAAGUAUUUAUAAACUAGCAAACAGCUGGAAAGAUGAUGUUCUAGUCAUCGGUUCUAGAGCACAUCUUGAAGAAGAAUCUAUGGCUAAAAGGAGCAUAUUCCGUACUUUCUUAAUGCAUGGAUUUCACUUUCUUGUGUGGAUUUUUGCUGUUAAAGGAAUCAAAGAUACACAAUGUGGCUUUAAAUUAUUAACAAGAAGUGCAGCACGUAGAAUAUUCAGUAUAAUGCAUGUUGAAAGAUGGGCUUUUGAUGUCGAACUUCUUUUCAUUGCACAAUCCUAUAAAAUGCAAAUCGACGAAAUUGGAGUAAGAUGGGAAGAAAUUGAUGGAUCUAAAAUCACUCCAUUCUUCAGUUGGAUUCAAAUGGGUCGAGAUCUCAUUUUUAUUUGGCUACGCUACCAAAUUGGUGCUUGGAAGCUCAAGCCUGUUAAAGCUGACUAAUUUUACUUGCUAUAAUUUUAUGAUCAACGUUUAACAGUCUUUUGUAAUUCAAAGUUUUGUUUCACGUACACAAGUUACGUCGCAUUUUUAAAUCGAUACAAUAAAGUAAUAUUUUAGAAACUUUAUUUGCUAUAAAAAUUUAA